CUUAACUAGCAGAAUAGCAUUUUGGAAAAGCCAUGGGAAUGGUGAUAGAAGUACUUGAUUUAUAUGGGCCUCUUCAAUAUUAAGAUAUCUUGAAAUAUGCACAAUUUGAUGACUUAAAAUUUUUGGAGAUUGUUAUCACCCUUGGAAUUAAGCAUUAAAUAAUUGGUUAUAAAAUCAAAAAGCAAUUGGAUAAUACCGUUGAGAUAAAACAAUUAUUUUAAGGAAAUAAAGAUGAAAAAUAGCAGAAUGAGUCUAAUUAAACAAAAAAUAAAUAAAAAAAAAAAGGAUUAAUAUUUGUUAAUCAUAUAGCAUUGCUGGGGAGAGAAUAUGUACCAGAAUUAUUAAAUAGCGAAAAAAAAUACAAUGCUAUUUUUGAUUAUGCAAUUAAAAAUGGAGUAUUUGGAAUAAAGAAUCUCGUUUCUGAAAGCAUAAAUGAAAGUGAUUUAGAAACUUUGGUGAAUGAAUUAUUUGAUAAAAGUUUACUUUAAAUUGUUUAAGUAGAUUAAUAAGAAGAAAUUUAAGAAGUUAUUUAUAAGGAUACAAAAAAUAAAUCUGAUAAGAAAACUUAAAAAGCAAAGAAAAAAUUAGAAAUUUCAUCUUAAAAGUAACAAUCUCUUACUUAGAAUUCACUUUUAUAAAUAAAUUGGACAGGAUUAAUGGAUAUUGUUAAAAAUAAUACUAUUAUGCAAUAAUUAAAAUAAAUCUAUGGAAUUUCCAGUUUCUAGGAUCAAAAUUUAUAUAAAUAAAAAUAGAAAGAAUUAAAGGAAAAUUUAGAAAUCAAAUGGAUUGAAGACAAGCAUUCUCAAAAACAUUCUAGAGUUUUCAAUCUAUUAAAAUUGAAAAAUUGCCCACUUGAUGAAAAAUAAAUUUGUGACCUUGCUCUACUGAACUAUUAGGAUUCAAAUACUAUACUUUUGGAAUUAUUAACAGAUUAAUUGAUUAAAACUCAAAUACUGAAGGAGAAUGAUAAAGAUAAACAGAGAUUCCAAUUUGAUUAGAAAAUGGUUGAUGAAAAACUCUAACUGCAUUUCUACAAAGGUUUAAUCAGUUGCAAAGAUAAAAAACUCUAUUUUGGAAUUUUGAAUUAGAUGAAUCUAAUGUAAUUUGAUAUGAGACAUUGA